AUGACAGCCACAACCAAGUCAUACAAAGGUAAGUCUCAACCCUAUAUCGAUAUACUUCCCAUAAAAAAGGCGUUUCCUUUUUUGUUUCUUUCCGUCUACAUACUCAACUCCUCGUAGUUUUCAAAAAAACGCCAUUGGCAAAGCCAGAAGAUGAAUUGACAAAGUCGUUGAAACACUACAUGUUGUAUCGCGACACCUUGCAAAAGGCAGUGCGAUACACCAAGGAAGAAUCAAGAAUCCAAAACCUCAUCCAAUAUUGGCGCGAAGUAGCCCAGAAAGCCUCGACUUAUAUAUAUAAUGAGCAAUCGACCAAGUUUGCCAGAAUGGGAGGGUUCAAGCAUUGGCAAACUGAACAAUGGCUACAACAACAAGAGAGCGAAAGAGAUAGAAUACUUGAAACUUACCAUGAUUUGCAAAUGGAAACUAAGCAUCUAGAUCCAGAUUGCCAGGGGGAGAUCAUGACGGAGUUCCAAGAGCAGUAUGGUUUAGAUGAAGAUGGCGAGUUUGUUGAGGAUUUAGGGGACGUUGUGCCUGUUUUCAGCGACGAUUUCCAGAUGCGGGAUCUUUAUCGCAUCCUUGGAUUGGACUAUGAUCUCGUUUUCGAUUAG